AGUGACUAAACAUUACAAGAAGGCCGGCCGCGCAGUUCCAGGAAUCGGGGGGGCGGGGCGCGGCGGCCGCGUAUAUACCCGCGAGCGCGGCCUCGGCGGCGGCUCCGACUCACACUCCCGCGCCGCCGCCGCCGCUAGCGCCGCCGCUCCGGCCCAGCUCCCGCCGCGGCCCCUCGCCUCGUCCCCGCCGGCCGGCCCGGGGACGCGCAGGGGGCAGGGCGGGCGCCCCUGCGAAGCCCGAAGGACGCGCGCGCGAGGCCCUUUGUGGACUUCACGGCCGCCAACAUCUGGGCGCAGCGCGGGCCACCGCUGGCCGCCGCUCCUCCGCCGCCUCGCCUUGGGGACCGUAGGAGGCGCAGCCCCGAGGCCGGAGACUUCGUUUUGGGACGAGCCCCCCGGGAUGCGGUAGCGGCCGCUGUGCGGAGGCCGCCGAGCAGCUGCAGCCGCCGCCGCGCAGAUCCACGCUGGCUCCGUGCGCCAUGGUCACCCACAGCAAGUUUCCCGCCGCCGGGAUGAGCCGCCCCCUGGACACCAGCCUGCGCCUCAAGACCUUCAGCUCCAAGAGCGAGUACCAGCUGGUGGUGAACACAGUCCGCAAGCUGCAGGAGAGCGGCUUCUACUGGAGCGCCGUGACGGGCGGCGAGGCGAACCUGCUGCUCAGCGCCGAGCCCGCCGGCACCUUCCUCAUCCGCGACAGCUCGGACCAGCGCCACUUCUUCACGCUCAGCGUCAAGACCCAGUCGGGGACCAAGAACCUGCGCAUCCAGUGCGAGGGGGGCAGCUUCUCGCUGCAGAGCGACCCCCGGAGCACGCAGCCGGUGCCCCGCUUCGACUGCGUGCUCAAGCUGGUGCAUCACUACAUGCCGCCCCCCGGCGCCCCCUCCUUCCCCUCGCCACCGACCGAGCCCUCCUCUGAGGUGCCGGAGCAGCCGCCAUCCCAGCCGCUCCCCGGGAAUCCCCCCAGGAGAGCCUAUUACAUCUACUCGGGGGGCGAGAAGAUCCCCCUGGUGUUGAGCCGGCCCCUCUCCUCCAACGUGGCCACUCUCCAGCAUCUCUGUCGGAAGACGGUCAAUGGCCACCUGGACUCCUAUGAGAAAGUCACCCAGCUGCCUGGGCCCAUUCGGGAAUUCCUGGACCAGUACGAUGCCCCGCUUUAAAGAGCAAAGGACAGGGGUCGGGGCGAGGAGCCUGGGUCCCCUCUCCUCCGUGGCACACGGCACAAGCACAAGAAUCCGGCCAGGAGAGCCCUGCGGCUCUGGGCGAGCCAGCGGAGGGGCGAACUGGCCCCUCCCUUUGGCCCUCCCCCCUGCAGAAUGGGGCAGGCGGGACCUGGAAUGUGUUUGAGAGAAGGGGGAGUGCCACCUGAGCGCCCCGCCCCCACUCCAGCUUCUCCGGAGGAGCCCGCGGGCCCGAUGGGGACAGCGACGACAGCCGUGGAUUCUCUUCUCAGCUCUUCGCUUCCUCGACUCCCCCUGCAUUUCCAAACAGGGGAAACUGCGGGAGUGUUGAACUAGUGAGAACUGCCGGGGAGUCUUCAAACUUUCCAACGGAACUCGUUUGCUCUUUGAUUUGGUUUAAAAGGUAGCUUUAAACCCGAGCAGGUCUCUGGCCUGUAAAAGGAUGCGGGAGAGGGCGCCCAGGGCCCCAGGGCUGCAGGCUGGCCGCGGCGUUGGCCGCUCCCACUGCCCACCCCCAAGUGAGGAGGGCGACUUCGUGCUCCUCCCGUGGCUCUGGGGGAUAAGGGCAAGCGGUGACCUGAAGGGGUCCGUUCUGUCCCCGUCUCUGCGACAGCCACCAGAAACAGGUCGCAGAGUCCAUCUAGUGCCCGGGACCCCAGGGCCUUCCCCCGUUUUAAGGGGGAAGUGGCACUGGGAGCGGAAAGGGUGGGCAGGUCAAUUACUCUUUUCCCUACCCCUGCUCUACCUUCUGGCACCUGGGGCGGGUCGAAGAUGGAGGAGAUGAGCCAUCUUUGACCCCAGAUUCCGGACAGAGAAGAUGAGGGAUUCUAGUUUGUGCCUCCUGACUGUCUGGCUAGGAGAUUUGCCUUAAAUGCUCCCUGUCCCAUGGAUAGGGACUGGCACACAAGAAGCCACACACUCAGCCAAUCCCGACAGAGGCCAAGGGAUCCUCGGAGGGCCGGCCGCCGGCGUGGGGGGAGGGGUGGGCGGAGGUGGAAAGGCGGGGGAAUCCACGCCUAACAGCCCCGCACUGGAAGAAUGCGAGCCCAUUCGGUAGUGGCCAGUCACAGGUGCCUCCCGGUGCCCGGGCUCUGGCAGGGCAGAGCCCCCAGGUCCCACGGCCCUCCUCCCCUGGGGGAAGGGCACAGGCAGGAAGUCACGGAGAGACUGGGGCCCCGCCACCCCAGCCGCUCCAGCUCUGUAAUAGCACUGAUCAGUGAAAAUUUAACAGGAAUGUAGCAGCGAUGGAAUUAACCUGGAACUGUUCUUUUUGGGGACAAAUGAAACAAACACAAAGUUUUCUGUGUCAGGUGUUGGGCUGGCUGGGGCAGCUGUGUGUUGGGGUGUUUGGUUUAGGUUUUUUGUUUUCUUUUCCUGGUUUUUUUGUUUGUUUUAAUAAUGUUUACAAUCUGCCUCAAUCACUCUGUCUUUUAUAAAGAUCCCACCUCCAGCCCUCUCCCCUCCCCCACCCAGGCCUUCGAGGCUGUUAGGAGAUGCUUGAAGACCCCGACAGGAUGCCAGUGGAAGUCAAUCUUUGCACAUAUUUAUAUUUAUACUCAAAAAAGAAACAUUUCAGUAAUUUAUAAUAAAGAGCACUAUUUUUUAAUGAAAACCGA